CCUGCCCCGUCGUAUAUAAGCCGAUCAACACCUGCGGCAGCCACAGCUAAUACACUUGAACACGGUGUGGCUUGUUGUGUGUCUGAAGGAUGUUUAAGUUUGUGGCAAUCUUAGCGCUGGUGGCCCUUGCGGUGCACGCGCAAGAUGCGUCCCGGCCAAUCAUCAACACGAGCGGAGGACAGAUCCAGGGUAUCACGUCCAGCUGUGGGCUGUUCUGUAGCUACUUCGCCUUCAACGGCAUUCCGUACGCACAGCCGCCGGUAGGUGAGCUUCGGUUCCGCAAUCCGCGUCCGGCCGCUCCGUGGAUCGGCGUGAAGGAUGGAAGCGAGCAUCGCAGCACCUGCCCGUCGGGUGGAUUCCUGGGCGGUGUGUCCGGCAGUGAGGACUGUCUGUACCUGAACGUCUACACCCAGAACCUGAUCGGACAGCGGCCGGUAAUGGUUUGGAUUCACGGUGGAUCGUUUACCGGCGGUUCGGGCAACUCGUGGAUCUACGGCCCGGACAACCUGAUGCCGGAGGAUGUGGUGGUCGUCACCAUCAACUAUCGGUUGGGCAUUCUCGGCUUCUUCAGCACGGACGACGUGCACGCGGCCGGCAACUGGGGCAUGAAGGAUUGCGUGAUGGCGCUGCAGUGGGUCCGUCAGAACAUUGCCGCCUUCGGCGGUGAUCCGAACAAUGUGACCAUCUUCGGCGAGAGUGCCGGCGGUGUGGCCGUGCACUAUCUCGUCCUCUCCGACAAGGCUAGUGGACUGUUUCACAAGGCGAUCGCCCAGUCCGGUACGGCGCUCGUUCCAUGGGGCUUCCAGUAUCGGCCGCGGGAGCUCGCUUACCGGCUGGCCGACCGUCUCGGAUACACGCACGACAGUGCGCAGCUGGUGCAGAGCCUGCGCAACACACCGAUCGAGCGGCUGAUCGAAGUGCAGGAAGGCUGGCUGGACAUUGAGAUCCCGCGCGGUUUCAAGCCGUUCGACUUUGUGCCGAACGCGGAACCGGUCAACUCGCCCGAGGAAACCUUCCUGACGCAGCUGCCGAUUGACAUCAUGAACGCGGGUACGUUCAACCACGUGCCCUUCAUCGCCGGGUACAUGAGCAUGGAGAGUCUGUUCAUGGUGUACGAGCACACGAUCGACAGCACGGUUUGGGACGCGUUCACGCGCAAUCCGGACUACUUCGUGCCGCACUUCUGGAACAUCCCGCACGGUACGGCAGCUGCGGCGGCCGUCAGCCAGGGCAUCCGCAACGCGUACUGGCAGGAUCGUCCGCUCAGCGACAGCAUCAUGGUCGAGUGGUUGACGUUCCACACCGACCAGCAGUUCAUCUACGCGAUCGACAAAACUAUUCGGCUGCACGCGCAGCGCUCCAGUGCCCCCACCUACUACUAUCAGUUCAGCUUCGACGGUGAUCUGAAUCUGGUCAAGCGGGUGCUGCUGCUCUCCAGCUGGCCCGGCGCAAUGCACGCCGACGACAUCCCGUACCUGUGGUCGGUGACGGAUCUGAGCAUCUCGCCCAUCCUGCCAACGAACCACGCGCGCACGGUCAGCAAUCGCUUCGUGCGUCUGUUCACCAACUUUGCCCGGUUCGGCAACCCGACGCCGAAUGCAGUGGACACGCUGCUGCAGAGCCGCCAGUGGUUGCCGGUCACGGCGUCGUCCGUGCCGUACAUGGACAUUGGGCACGAUCUGGUGACGAGCGUCAACCCGAACGGCCAGCGUACGGCAGUGUGGCGCGAUCUGGAGGCCCGCUACGCCAACGAUCCGUUCCGCUUCCCACGCAACUGAAGGGAACACUUUCUUCCACUCAAACUAAUCUGAUACUGAGCUAAGCGAUAAGGCAGGGGCAGCAUAUUGAAUGCGACGAUUAAAAGACUUGAUUUUUCAAUUUACA